UGAAUUACUUCUUUCUUUCUUGGUUUUAAUUUUUUCUUCCGAAAUACUCUACAUUAUUAUAUUUUAUUGCAUUUAUGACUGGCUCAGUUCGCGCACUCUCUCGUAAAAUGACGCUUCACUUUGAAUUGACAGGUGCAAACGCAGCCGUGGGCGUGGCCAGCGGCGCUGCUGCUUCUCCACGGAGCGGCAGACUAGUGCUGGAUCGCAGCUUGAACAGCGAGGCCAGCGCGCCAGCGUCGAUAUCGCCGUCGGCAUCGACACUAGCACCGGCAGCGAUAGGGCUGGAGACACCGACAUUCCUCAAAUACACACGGCACGGGCUGCAGCCGCAUCUAGUGCGCGAGGUGGCGGCAGAGCUGAGCGACAUGCCGGCGUGCACCCGGGUGCAGCUGGAGGACUUCCUUGAGGACGACGGCUCCGCGUGCGGGCAGCACGACGCGGGACUGCACAAUUUUGUCUUUCUGGACCGCUCGGAGGUGCUUCUGCUGGACACGCUCGAUCCCACGGUGACGCGGCGGGUGGGAAAGUCCACCAACUCGUUCCUGGCGAUCGACUCGGAGGGCGGCACGAAGCGGCUGACACCCGAGGUGUUUGCGCAGCUUGUCGACCGCCUGAAGCCCGAUAUUAUCAUUCCGCCAGCCGACUAUAUCGAGGAGCCGCUGCCGUCGCUGACGCAGGGCAAGCGGAUUUCAAAGUCGGUGACGCGGUCGGCCAAGUGGCUGGACGAGAGCAUUGCAAAGUCAGUGUAUCCCUCGGCGGUCUUUGCAGCAGUGAUGGGGUCGCACAGCCCGGAGCUGCGCGACAUUAGCGCGAAAAAGCUGUUGGCGCGAAGCGAUGUGGCCGGGUAUGUCUUCAAUGACGUGAGCCUGGCGCUGCCUUUUGAGAGAAAGCUGCAGCUAGUGCAGCACUCGCUGGCGCAACUGGAUGCGUCGAAACCACGGUACAUGGUGGGGGCUAGCGCGCCCGACGCAGCGCUGCGCGCGAUCCUUGGCGGCAUCGACCUUGUCGACUCGAGCUACCCGUACGCGGUCACCGAGCAAGGAUUUGCUUCGACAUACGUCUUUGGCGGCGAGGGGGCGGCUGGUGAGAUCGCGGACGCUUCUGCUGCUGCUGCUGCUGCUGGGCGACUGGACCUGUGGCAAGAGUCGAUGUUUAACGACUUUGGGCCGCUGGUCGAGGGGUGCUCGUGCUUCACGUGCCGCAGCCACCACCGGGCGUACAUCCACCAUCUGCUGAUGACCAAGGAGAUGCUGUCGACGGUCCUGCUGCAGAUCCACAACAUGCACUGGUACAAGGGCUUUUUCGCAGACAUCCGCAGCAGCCUGGCGCGCGCCACGCUGGCUGAGGAUGCACAGCGGUUCUUGGAGCGCUACAGCUCCUCAAGCGAGGCGUUUGGCGAGCUGGAGACGCUGGCCACACAGGAGAACUCGCCCACGACGAAGAUCCAGCGCAAGCGGCACGCGGAGCCACUAUAGCUGGCUGCGGCUGCAAGCGGCAGUGUGAAACUCGUUUUCAUUGUUUCUUUUUUCCUUUUUGCGAUUUGCACAGCGUGUUGUGUAAAGUGCAGACGGAUGAUACAUCAAGACUUUGUUUUUUUUAUUGACGAAUUUUUAUUGUGGUCAGUUGCGCCAGCAUUUAUGCGCGUAAAAAAAACAAGCAGUAAUUUGCACAAUACACACGGCUCAACUUGUCGUCGUCACUCCUUUGUUCA